AUGGUCUCUCUCAGAUCCCUCCUCGCCGCCGGCCUGGCCGCCACCUCGGCCUUCGCCAACCCAAUCCAGUCCCUCGACUUCACCGGCACUUCCCUCGCGCCGCGUGCAGACCCGAACCUGACGGGCUACCUCGGUGCCUUCUUCCUCGGCGCCGAGCCGUACGUCUACCUGUACCUUUCCAACGGGAAUAACCCCAACUCGUUCCGCGCCCUCAAUGGCGGCUCGCCCGUCAUCCGCCCGACAAAGGGCACCGGUGGUGUGCGCGACCCGGCCAUCGUCGAGGGCGGCGGCGCCGAGAAGGGCAAGAAGUGGUACAUUGUCGGUACGGACCUGGAUAUCGGAAAGACGACCUGGGAUGCGGCCCAGAGACAGGGGUCCAAGGGCAUCUUCGUCUGGGAGAGCACCGAUCUCGUCAACUGGAGUGCCGAGAGGCUCGUCGUCGUCGAAAACGCCAACGCCGGCAUGGUCUGGGCCCCCGAAGCCAUCUGGGACCCGACAAAGGGCCAGUACCUCGUCCAUUGGGCAUCCAAGUUUUAUCCCGCAUCGGACCCCAAUCACACCGGCGCCCCCGGCCCCAUCGUGAUCCGCUACGCCUACACCUCCGACUUCCGCACCUUCUCGGCCCCGCAGACCUACAUCGACAAAUCGCCCACCAACAUCAUCGACCUCAACAUCCUGCCGACCUCGACAGACGGCCGCUCUUUCGUGCGCUUCCUCAAGGACGAGAGCCUCAAGACUGUCUUCGUCGAGGUCACUACCACCGGCCUCUUCGGCACCUGGACGCGCCCCGGCGGCAGUUCCGCCAUCAUCGCGAGCGGCGUCGAGGGCCCCGCCGCCUACUGGGACAACCAAGUUGCCGGCAAGGCUCACGUCCUGCUCGACUUUUACGGUGCUGACGGCUACCGUCCGUACGAGACGACCAACGUGGCCAGCAACUCGGGCUGGACCGCGAGCUCGCGAACCGGAUUCCCCACUGGGCUGAGGCAUGGUAGCGUGCUGCCCAUCAACAAGACGGCGUACGAUGCUUUGGCAACCCGCUGGGGUUAA